UGUUGAUGGUGUCUCCGGGGGUUGCCACUGGAGGCGGUGUCCUUGGAGGUCACUGGCGAGGGACGGUGUUUCUCCCUGUGAAGCGGUUCUCGCGCUGGGUUUGAAUACCGCGGCUGGGCCAGGAGACGGUUGGAGAGUGUGGAAGCGGAGCGGGGCAAGAGGGACGCUCGGAAUUGCACAGUUACCGAGGGUAGAAGUGCACCUUUUGUAUCCUUCUGUGAAAGUGAUGAUGAAACAUGUGAAAUUCCUUUUGACAAUGCAGCUACUAUCUAUUGCAGUAUUCCAAGUGCAAGCCAUAAAAGAUGUUGAUGACUAUUAUGAGAAGACAAAGAGGGCUGUUGAUGGAAGAAUUCCUGCUGGUGGUUAUUACGAGAAGGAAAAGAGGAAUUUAGAUGGCAAUGAGGAUUAUGAUGAGGAUGAAGAUGAGGAUGAUGACGACGAAGAUUCCGAUAUUGAUUAUGAGGAGCCAAAAAUGAAAUUGAAGCAACAUGCACACAGAACCAGAAAAGCAUUAGAUGAAGAAAGGGAGAAAAGGGAGUAUGAAUAUUAUUCUCGUGGAAAAUUUGCCAGGGAUAUUGAUGACUAUGUGCGUUAAUUACAUUAUUAGUGGUCAUUGAUUUUUCAGAUGUUCAAAAUGUAUUUGUCCAUAGUGUCUACCUAAAAUAAGUAACAACAGGGAAUAAAGAUUUCUAUGUG